UUCAAAUCUCACCGAUCAGACAUGCAAACUAACAUUUUGCUCUUUCUUGCUAUUUUAAUUAUUAACUUUAAUUCCAAUCAAGCUGGCUACUGCUGGGCAAAAAUCGGAAAAAAUGGAGGGUGUUCACAGUUGCUGAUGAAUAAUGUUACCAGGAAGGAAUGUUGCUUAGGGUCGAAUUCUUACGGUUGGAGCAACGAGAAACAUCGAUCGGGAUCUUUGUUUUAUUGGAAAAUUGUGGGAAAUCUUUAUCCCUGUAGACCCUGUAAAGUUAAUUGCUUCAGAAACGAUUGCAAUUCGAAUUGCACGAGGAAAAAUUUAUGCACUUUCAAGAAACAACAAUCUGGACCCGUGUGUGGAACAGACGGACAAACGUACGCUAAUCAGUGCAAACUGCUGAAACAGCAAUGCCGACGAGGAAAUAAAUUAAAAAUUGCAUAUUUUGGUCCAUGCCAAAAUUCUUGUGAGAAAGUAAAGUGUUUAAGAGGGAAGUCUUGCUUCCUUGAUCAUUAUCAUCGUCCUCAUUGCGUUCGGUGUCACCAAGAUUGUCCUGCUAGCGUCAAAAAUCACGUGAUUUGUACCGUUAACAAUAUCACUCAUUACAAUUAUUGUACUCUUAGACAAGAAGCCUGUAAACUCGGAUAUAUGGUCUCUGUCGCUUAUAAGGGCCAAUGCAGAGAAUUUGAAAACUGCGAUAUGGUUAAUUGCCCGAAACAAAGUAGAUGCAUAUUUGAUCACGUUGAAAAUAUUCCAUUUUGUGUGAAUUGCCCAAUGUCCUGUUCUUCUUGGUCUCCCUUCUGUGCAUCCGAUGGAAACACAUACAACAGUCUGUGCCAUUUAGAAAGAGAAAUAUGCAGGAAAGGAGUUAAGAUUUCGGUAGUAAAAGAUGGACCGUGUAAUAGUCCAGCCUUUCUAGCUGGCUACUGCUGGGCAAAAAUCGGAAAAAAUGGAGGGUGUUCACAGUUGCUGAUGAAUAAUGUUACCAGGAAGGAAUGUUGCUUAGGGUCGAAUUCUUACGGUUGGAGCAACGAGAAACAUCGAUCGGGAUCUUUGUUUUAUUGGAAAAUUGUGGGAAAUCUUUAUCCCUGUAGACCCUGUAAAGUUAAUUGCUUCAGAAACGAUUGCAAUUCGAAUUGCACGAGGAAAAAUUUAUGCACUUUCAAGAAACAACAAUCUGGACCCGUGUGUGGAACAGACGGACAAACGUACGCUAAUCAGUGCAAACUGCUGAAACAGCAAUGCCGACGAGGAAAUAAAUUAAAAAUUGCAUAUUUUGGUCCAUGCCAAAAUUCUUGUGAGAAAGUAAAGUGUUUAAGAGGGAAGUCUUGCUUCCUUGAUCAUUAUCAUCGUCCUCAUUGCGUUCGGUGUCACCAAGAUUGUCCUGCUAGCGUCAAAAAUCACGUGAUUUGUACCGUUAACAAUAUCACUCAUUACAAUUAUUGUACUCUUAGACAAGAAGCCUGUAAACUCGGAUAUAUGGUCUCUGUCGCUUAUAAGGGCCAAUGCAGAGAAUUUGAAAACUGCGAUAUGGUUAAUUGCCCGAAACAAAGUAGAUGCAUAUUUGAUCACGUUGAAAAUAUUCCAUUUUGUGUGAAUUGCCCAAUGUCCUGUUCUUCUUGGUCUCCCUUCUGUGCAUCCGAUGGAAACACAUACAACAGUCUGUGCCAUUUAGAAAGAGAAAUAUGCAGGAAAGGAGUUAAGAUUUCGGUAGUAAAAGAUGGACCGUGUAAUAGUCCAGUGGAGAAAACCCGGAAAACUCCACAUGGCUAUCCCAUCUUGGCGAGGUGCGACCCACGACCGAACUCCUAG